GGAUCGUCGUCCGCAAAGCCGUGCGUUCACCCCGUGCCGCGACGACAACAGGGCGUCGUUCGUUCUGGUGCGAGCGCCGGGAGUUCGCCGGGGGUUUUGCCGUCGAACUAUCCUCGAACCAGCAGAUUGAACCGAUCGAACCGGUUGUCCGGCCGGGGGAGCGUAGUUCGAAUCUCGUGGCCGCGCGGACAACCGCGGAUCCCUGCGGACCGAUUUGUGUCGUGUCAAGACGAUUCCGUGCUUAGCUCGCGGCGAUCGACGCUCGCGAUUAGCGGCACGUCUCUACCGUCGUGCACCACGUGGCUACCGUCGAACGUGGCGAUCCUAUCGCGGCGCAGCAUAUAUCUGGAACCUUCAAGUUGGGUAGUGGCCGUGUCGCGCGUGUUUCUGCUAGGAUUUACGCAAAAGAUCCUGUUCGUUGAAAUACGAAAACUGGCGAAAGACCUUGCGGUUAGAGUUUGCUAUGGGGUUGUGGCUAUUCUCGAGCUUGGAUAUCAACGAAGCGGAACAGGCAUCCGCGCCGCUAAGGGAAACUUGAUCAAAGCUCGUCACUUUUGGACGGUGGAGAAAGUUCACGCUCGAGGAACAGUGUGGACAGAUAAAUUUCUCGCAUGACUGAUCUCGUAUGUCGAAGAAAAUCGUCACUAUAAAGAACGUCACGUGGUUCUUCAGACGUCCGGAAACUACCGGGUUAAAGUCGCGAAUUUAUUUGAGCGAAGAGUGAUCGAAUGCAGAACUCAUGCGGAUGUAACGUGAAUGUUAAAUCAUUCGACAUUGGAUGCGAUUAAUCGUUAAGUGUGUGUCAUCGGAGUUACAUAUUGGAGUUCACUGAAGCGAGUCUCAUGUGUUGUCGGAAGUGGGUGGAUCUAGUAGAUGAUGACGCAAGAAGCUUUGUGAAGUGAGAUAUAAGAUAUAAGAUCAGCACGGGUUUUGUGAGGUGACGGUAAAAAUAAGGGUCAGUGUUAGUGAAUCGAGUUUCGACCGAUAGGUCUGUUUCGUCGUCGGUUUACAGAUAAGUUGGGUUGGAUGUAAAGUUCGCGCAAAAAUAUGCGGAAACUGGAGAGACAUGCAAACUUUGUUAUUAGUGACAACGGACACAUUAAUGAAACGAUGCUUUCGUGAAGUUGACAGGAUCGGGACAUUUUCCUUUUCUUUACCAAGUUAAUGGCUAAUUGUGAUCGAGGUCAUCAACAAACGAAAACAAAAAGUUUGCUUCUAGAAAGUUUGAUAGAAAAUCAAGACAGCUCAAUCAAAAGAUGUGUAGAGGAGUAUGGAUAAAAGAUCAAAGUCAGAUUAUCGGCAUAUAUAACGUUUGGAAAAAUUUACAUAUAGCCACAGUGUUUUCAAUCAAUAUCGAGAUAAUCAAAAGUUUACAAUUAUAAAUGCAUUAGAAAUAUAUUGCAGAAAUAUGGAUAGAAGCGUAUGUAUACGAUGUCUUGAGCCGAGAAGAGGAUGAAGACUAUGGGAAGAGCAAACUGUUUUACACUGCCAUCCUGAAAAGUACUCUUAUAAAGGACAAAGUGAGAUUGAAGAAAAGAGGAUAACUCCCUUCCGUAUGUAACGACAUUGUUCGAAACACCAAAGUGUUUACGGAAGAGUGCGUGGAGAAACAAGAAAGAGAAACGUUUUACCACUACAAUCUCGUUUUGUCGUAGAAAAGUAAAGUGAGUGAAUCAACAACUGCGUCAAGGAAUAUUAGUAGAUUUGACGACUGUCUCUUAUUAAUUAUUUUCUAUUAUGCUCUUUAUUAAGUAACAUUAUAUGAAUGAGUACUAGCAAUUAUCUCAUAAUUGUUAUUUUUGAGGUAAAAUACACUAGAAUAUUUAAUUCUUAAAGAAUUGGUAACUACCUCCCUCCCGUUCUAAGCGAGAUAAGCGAAUAAUAUUUUAAAAAAUAAAAAAGUUCAAAGUUUGCCCAAAGAAACAAAGAUUUCCCAGAAAAUUGGAAACAUUGAUAGCAAGAUUAACGUUCAUACGCCUCGAAUUGAAUUAGCACAAGUAAAAAGGCAUAAGAACUGCGGUGGUAGCGUUCAAGUUAGCGUUCAGAUCUUUUCGACAACGUCGCUCACUAAGUCGCCACAGUGUGUGGAUUAGGGCGAAUCCUCGGCUACAUCGGCGGACGACCGUCGGUGGGGGCCACCAACAUGUCGCAGUCCGGGUCAGGUGGACUGAGCGAUGCUCAAGGACAGAACCAGGGUGGACAAACAACGGAUAGUCAACAGACAACUUGCCAAAACGGUCGUGCUGAAUCACUCGCUGAUCCCAUGAAGCAGGACUUAACCAACGGUUUCGAGAAUCGAACGAUGGAUUACGAAAGAUUUACCCAAGAAAGGACACAGCAUACCUCAGUUGCCGGGCAAGUUCAGGAUCAGCAGCCGCAAUCGCUUUCACAGCAACAACAACAACAGCAACUUGCUCAUCCAAUAGCGCAGUAUCCAUCGGGAAGGAGGCAAUCCGUAGGAUUACCAGAAGAUAAACAUCCUUCAACGGGUCAACUACCACCCCCGCAAUACAGUCAAGAGAAAGGCAACGCGGACAGAGCUCAGCACGUGUCUCAGACCAGCACUCAGACAGUGCCGGUACAAGUGCAACCACAAUUUGCACCAGAUUAUGAUCAAAAUCAAUAUUCACAGAUACGAGGACAAUUUGAGGUCAGGUCACAGAUUUACCCGCAAACGCAAUAUUCCGAUAGAGCUGGUUAUGUGACGAGAGAUGUCACUUAUCGCGACCCGAAUCUCUAUGGUCAAAGCGGUACGACUAAUCCAAUGUUUACAGGGCAGGGCCAAUACGUAACGGUUCAACAUGGCUCACAGAUACCUUCGCAAUCCGCUAGUCCGCAACCACCUUAUUACUCGGGUGUAGUCGUGCCACAGCCACCAAGUGGUUACGCUCAAUUCGGUACUCAGCCACAAUAUCCUUACAGUCAAUAUCCGCAAACGGUCAUGAACGCCGUACCGUACAAUCCGCACGCCGGUAUCUACCCAGCUCAGCAAUACUCUGGUCAACAGUCGCCGAAUCCGCAGAGGUUUUCACAAGAAAUCAGCCAGUAUCAGACGCAACCGAUCAUUCAACCGAUAGCUCAGAACGUAACCCACGGAAUCGCUAUCCAAACGACGGAGCGGCCUUGCCGAGGACCGAAACCGAUGGUGCCGCCUCGUGGUAAUUCCAAAAUCACCACCCAUGACCCUGGACACAGAAAAUCUGCCAGCGUCGAUGUGCCGGCAUUGCAAAAGGCAAAAUAUGAGUCAAACCCGACUGCUCAACAAGAUUCGAUUCAUCGUAGCGAUGGCGCCAUUAUUAUGACGGGCGCGCCAAUUGGCCCGGACGGUCCAGAUAGAAGAUACUUAACCACGAUUAAUCAAAAUCCUAGAACGAGACAGGACGGUUUAUAUGUAGACACUAAUGGUGAUCAGUCAGGCAGAGAAAAAUUGGUCGACACAAUUGCCACUGAAUGCGGUUUGUACGUGUCCAGAUCGGAGCACAGGAAAUCCGUAUCUGUCGAUGUGACUACUAGCUUUCAAAGACGUAAUGAUACAAUAACUUUUACGUUUCCUGGUGACGGCAAUCAAGAGAUUAUGUCGGGAAGGAAAACUACCACUGUGGUAGACGCGAAGAGAAUCGAGACUAAUCAAAUGUUCCCUGCUGAGCAAAGAAGACUGGAUGCUAGUCUGCGUGUAUCGCCAAUGGCGUUCGAUACGAGACAAGAAAAUAGAAAGAGCAUAGGGACCGAUAGAAAGCCCGAAUGGGGUAAUGUGAGUCCGAAUCAAAGGAAUGUCAUCCCUCCUGAGAAUAGACGCUCGGAUUAUUUCGAAGAGCAUCGAAGAUCACCCAUGAAUUUGGAAGGAAAGAGAAUGGAAGAUGUAAGGAGAUCGCCUAUGCCGUUUAUGCCGAUUCGCGAAACGUCUGUUGAUCGCGCCGGACAGAAAAGUCCUUCUUUUGUUAGCCAAAACUUUGAGAAGACUAGACAGGAGCUAGCGAUCUGGGCAGAGCAACGUCAACGGCAAGAACACGAAAGAACUAUGAUUCAAGGUCCGAUAUUUACGACAAGCCCUCGUUCUCGUAACCCGUCAGAGGAAAGGAGAGAUAUCAGAUCGAUUCAUCCGCCGGACGAUCGGAAAGAAUCCAGAAUGUCUCAAUCGGCCUUUCAACCACUUCCAAAUAUUAGUCAGAGCACUAUAAUGGAGCAACGCCGACAUUUGAGACACGUUAGCGCCGAUCUGACAAAACAUAUGGAACUCUCGAGGAAGGAUUUUGAUGAGCAACCCAUUACAGGUUCCGUAGUGAAUCUUGGCUCAGUAGUCAGUACCGCUUCAUCGCAGAGAGCCAGUCCAAAUCUUUGUCAUCAGUAUCCAGCUCUCAGCGAGGCAAAAUUGGACACGAAGACUGUGUUGACUGUGGUAACUGAUUUUGGCGAGACGACUGCUAACAAACCAAUUGAUCAAAUCGAUCACAUAAUCCAUAGCCACCGUAAAAGUCACAAUACCACAUCUAACUUGCUCACUCAUAGUAAGAGCCAAACGGAGAACUUACAGAAUACAUUGGAAAAUCAGAGUGAGAAAACAGAUUCUCUUCACGCUCAACAACAGCAGUUACAGAAUCAACAGAGUCUCGAUUUAAUCUCUGAAAAGCUAAGCCAGUUUGAGCGUCAGCAGAGCGACCUCCAAGCCAAGUUGCAAUGUCUUCAAAAUCAGAACCAGAUUCUGGAUAAAGUGGCGCAAUUUCAGCAUCAACAGAAUGACCUGCAAGCUCGUUUACACAGUUUGCAGAAUCAAGGUCAGUUGAAUGAUAAGACUCAUAAGACAUCCGGCGAUUUUGCGCAACUUCCGUUAACAAGCGAUACUCAUCAGGGUCAAGGGAGCUCUCUUUCGAAUCAUCAAGAACAGUCAUCAGAUAAAUCUUGCUCGGCUCAUCAACUAGUACACGGCCUUCAUCAAACGCUUCUGACUACGUACCCGCAGAACGCCACCCUUCAAACUUGCCAAUCGUCCGUGUGCGAGAAACUGACGUCUCGCGUGCAACACGACAUUUCCGAUCCGAAUUCCAUUCAGAUACCGAACAUGUCGCAAAUGCCGUUACCAUGCCUUCCGCAAUUCGAUCGUGCCGAUGUGUCGCGUACUUCGUUUUCCCAGUUUCACCGACUUCAGUGCCAGAUCGAGAGUCACGAGAGUGCUUCAGCAACGAGUGCCAGUCUACCUGCCAGUUCGUUCACUGGUACACUGAAGAAAAUACCACCGGAGAAACCACCACGGACGUCCUUGAUAGUGCAGUCACCAGAAGCCGAGAGUAACCGCAGCCAACCAGCCAUUGGAUUAAAACAGACGCCGAAAGCACGGCCAACCAUUUUCGGGACAGUAGCCUCGGACUUAAACCCCAAGGAUGGGAACAGCCGAAAGAGCUUACCACAAACACCAGCUGGUGGGGCUAGUGGAAAAGCAAGCGCAAGUGGUACCGGCUCAAGCGCUGGAAUGGUCAAUGGUGCUGGUGUCGAUCAUGAAAACAUUCGGGAUGGUGCUGGCAUAGAUACAGAGCUUGCUUUGGUGUACCGAGAUGGCAACCUCGUCUCAGGCUCACUCGAGGCGUUAGUACAGCAUAUGGUGCCUACGGAGGAAUAUUAUCCCGAUCGAGCGUAUCUCUUUGCCUUUUUGCUGAGCGCCAGGCUCUUCAUCAAACCACACGAGCUGUUGGGUGAGGUUUGCGCUCUCUGCGAGCAUCAGCAGAAUCUGAAUGGAGAGGGCGGUAAGGAACGAUUGCAUCGUUUUGUGCCGCGGCUGGUACAGCUGCUAGCGGAAUGGACGGAAACAUUUCCGUAUGACUUCCGGGAUGAGAGGGUGAUGGGUCACGUUAGGUCCAUCACGCAGAAAGUCGCGGCGGUUGACGCCGCGGCCAGGCAGGAAGUUUCAGCGCUGCUGCAAAACUUGCUGCUACGACUGACGGCUCUAGAAAGGUACGAAGAGGGCCUGGCGAGACUGGCGACCGAGGCAGCAACGGAGCAGCUUACACAGGUGGAUAUUACUGAACUCUGUCCAUCAGCCACUGUACUGGCACAACAAUUGACUCAUGUAGAACUUGAAAGACUCUCUUACAUCGGACCCGAGGAAUUUGUGCAAGCUUUCGCCAAAGAAUCGCCGCAUUUAGAAACGUCUUUCAAAGAUAUGAAGAAAACUCGGAAUCUUGAAUCGUACGUUCAAUGGUUUAAUAGAUUGAGCUACUUCGUAGCGACAGAAGUUUGCAAACAUGCGAAGAAAAAGCAACGCGUUCGUGUCGUCGAAUAUUGGAUCGAGACUGCUCGAGAAUGUUUUAAUAUUGGCAACUUCAAUUCUUUAAUGGCUAUCAUUGCUGGUCUCAACAUGUCCCCGAUAUCUCGCUUGAAGAAGACGUGGUCAAAGAUACAAUCUGCCAAGUUUUCAAUUUUGGAGCAUCAAAUGGACCCAAGCAGCAAUUUCAGUAGCUAUCGUAGCACGUUGAAGGCUGCAAUGUGGCGUAGUGCUGGCGCUACAGAUGAACGCCAGCGAAUUGUAGUGCCCUUCUUUAGCCUUCUCGUCAAGGACCUAUAUUUCCUCAAUGAGGGUUGCAGUAACAAACUGCCAAACGGUCACAUUAACUUCGAAAAGUUCUGGCAACUAGCGAAACAGGUGACUGAAUUUAUCGCGUGGAAACAAGUUGCCUGUCCAUUCGAGAAAAAUCCGCGCGUUAUUGCCUUCCUCCAAGCGAGCCCCGUACUCACGGAAAACACACUUGCAUUAGCAUCUUUUGAAUGCGAGCCGCCCGAUAACAAUCCGGAGAAGGAACGUUAUAAAGCUUUAAAGUCUGAGAUGAAUGCCCAGUGAAAGCGAGCUAUGCCGAAACAUGCUGAAUGGGAACGAUAUUGAUAUGAUUAAAUAUAUAUGAAGAUACAAUUAUAAAUAUUAAUAUAUUCGUAAUCGUAGCUAGUUUAUGCGCAAAGAUAAUGAGAAGAAAAUGAAGAAUAAGUGAGGAAGAGCAACAGCGGACUAAAGUAUUACUGGGGCAACUUACGUGAAAUUAGGUACUUCUGUCUUGCGAAUUUAUGUAUCGUCAAAAACAACUCUCAACGACAAUUUGGCAUUAUCAAGAAUAUUAUCUAAUCGAUCAUUAACUUUUCUAUUACGUUCUUUUUAUUGUGUGUCAUAUUUGAGAAAGAGAAAAGAAAAAGGAGAAAAAGAAAGAAAGAAAGUUAAUUGGAAAAUAUUACACUCUUGAUGCUGAUUUUAACCCUUCGCGUGCAACGUCUUUUUCGGCACCUGUAACGUGCAACGUCGGGUCACUCAUUUCCGACGCCUAAAAAUACUUUAAAGUGUUCUAAAAAAAUCUGGAAAAAUUCAUGUUACCUUAUUAACUAUCCUACUUUAAGGAUCAAUCGCUAUAUUGCCGAUUUUUUCAUUUGUUUAAACAAUAUAUUUAUAUAAACAGACACUUGACAUACAGGACAGUCACUUUCGCCAGGGCACGGAUGACCCGACGUUGCACACGAAGGGUUAAUAGUCAACCUAUUUCGUUUGGAAAUGUCGGAUUACUGAAACGUAUUAUCGAUGAAAAAAACAUUGUUUAUGCAGUACAACCGUGAUUAAUUUUAUUAAAAAUUUACAGUCAACAAGAUAUGCUAAUCAAUUGAUAGCAUCUAGAUGAUAAUCAAUAUUAAAAUGCUAAUUGUCAAUAAAUGAGAUUGUACUGAUCGAUCGAUUAAGAUGAAUAUUCAAGGAUUGAAAACAUCGAAUUUGAAACUUCGAUCAUCUUAAUGACCAAAAGUCUUCAUAUAUAGUUAAUGUGGCGCAUAAAUAUAUAUAGAGUUAUAAGGACGACUAUGAAAUUCGCUCGACAAUGUCGCGUAGCCGUAAGUAUAGUUCCUAAGCCUUUAACUCGCCGAUAUCUUUUUUCUCGAGUGGAAACCGAAUCACGACUCUCUUUAUAUUUCCGAACAAUUCCGGAUAUGACCCGGAAAUUCUCGGAUCCGCUCGAAAGAGAUGCGAUUGGCGCGUUCAACUUUUUGUACAUAGUCCUUUUGAUAUACGCUGACAGACUCCUAGAUGUGAGAGAUAGGGUCGUUCCUGUAGAGUAAGCCUGCGCGAUAAGUUCGAAAGAUAUAUCGUAAGGAUCGUCGUGCACGUACUUAAGAGGAUGGAGAAUUAAUCGCGAAGAUGGUCAAUCUAGGCGAGGAAAAUAAAAAAAGUCGAAAAUUUUGGCAAAAUGACACGGCUCAACCGUGAAACUCAAGUUUCAUGUAUUUGAUAUAUUAAUUCCAUAAAGUAAACAAUAAUCGCUUUUUUCGUUUUUCCUGUGACGCACGUGAGUAUAAUCUGUGAAAAAUUGUCCAAAUAUAUGGAGCUACGCACGAUAUAACGAUUGAAGUAAAGAUUGCAAUAAUCUCGUAUGCUUUUUCAUAAAAUUUGGCUGCAAAUAAGAAACAUGCUGAAAACACUUAACAUAUUGUGGUCAUAAAUUAUUCUUGCGGAUUAUAACGUGCUAUACGUAGGUAUAUAUUACGCAGAUUUACGAAAAUGAGCGUUUACUUUCCCUCAGCAUUUAUUAAUACAAUUUAAUUCAUAAAUUACUAAUUAUAAGAUAUUAUAAAUUUAGCCAUGAAAUAUGGUCACGGAUGUCUCAAAGUACAUCUGAAUGCCACAAAAAUAAAAUUAUUAUUGUCAAAAAUUGACAAAGUUCGCUUUUUCGCAGAACGAAUUAAGUUCGGCAUUAAUUAACGUGAUUAAUAAAUGUACAUGUAGCAUGCCGUGCCUUUGAUCAAAUAUAGCGGAAAUGUAUUGAAUGCAAAAUUCACAAACUAUGAAAUAUUAUCAGAUAAAAUAAUGGAAUAUUGAAUGUCACAGAUGUGUUCUUAACCCGUGCGUCGCUGUUUGUCGCGAGAUCAUAUAUUUCUCCCAUUAACCCGUAAUAUUCAUAAUUAUAUAAAUUCAUAAUUUUUAAUGAUCUUUAUACUAAUCGACAGAGAUUACGGUUCUGCUAUAACAUGCCAUAAUAAGUUUCAUUUCUUUUUAUGUUUAGACAAAUAUUUGCUCAGAUAAAUUCGAAAAAAGAAAACAUGUGUUUCCGAACAGUUAUAUAGGGACCAAGAGUUCGUUUCUCCUGGGUACGUAAACAUUGCCUAUGGCAUGACGAAAUACCGGGAAAUUGCGAUGACACGAUCGAACAAAAGAAACAAAACGGACUGUUUUGAAUUUCAUUCACUGAGUCAAGACUUCGCAGCCUGAGAGAAAAAUUGCAUGCAAAUCGGAAUGUAUUCCAAACCACGAUCUCAUUUUACGAUUUUUCGCAGCGAUAACACGUGACGAAAUAAGAUCUUCGGAUUUGUUCGUUUCUUUUUUGUAUUUCGUUUAUUCCUAUUUGGUCUCUUUAAUAAGAAUUCCAUAUCCGCUCUCAUUUAUUCUCAAGAUCAAUAAAAUAAUCAAUACUAAUAAAAAUAGUCAGUCGUUCUCUCAUUGACAAGAAUACUUUCCGUUGCAUUUUUCAUGUAAAUGUACAUUAUCGCGCAGCUCGAGAUAAUUUUAAUUUUCUUUUUUAUAUUGCUUUUUUUCAAGUCACGUAUAUUCUUACGAAAUUCGUAUUUUAAUUGCGUUUUUCUCUUGCGGCACAUGAAGUAGAAAAUGACAAGCAGAUACGAAAUGCACUUAUUGUUAGGACAAAGUGUACAGACAGAUCGCGUAACAAAGAAAGUAUCAUUUAUUGAUCGAAAUGACAAAUUAUACGAGCUCUGCGCAAAUCAGAUCAUCGUAAAGAAUACUUAUCUCGAUAUAUUAUUAAGAUAAUUAAUUAACUCAUACCACGAGUUAUUCAUGAAGUGCAAUUAUCCAUUUUAUCCAUAUACGUUUUCCCCAAUCAAUGUUUUUAUUAUAUACCUUUUAUAUAUGUAUUUAUUAUCAAUAACUUGACUUAUUGAGUUUUUUUUAUUAUUGAAUGCCCUUGCCGUAUGCAAACUUAAACGUACGCUUUUCAUCAAAAAAUGUUUUUAAAACUUUUUAUAGAUAAUGUAUAUUAAUAUGAUAAUAUAGAUUUAGAUGAAAAAAGUAAUACGCGACAUGCGCCGAAAACUUGUUGUUAUUAACACACACCAUCUUUUUAAACAUUUUUACAAAUUUACAAGUGACCAAUCCGUAAAAUCCGUCACUGUUUACUUGCCAUUUUAUAAAUAUUUGACUGUCUUCGUCCAAUAUUAUUCAGUUAUUAAUAAUUCAAUUAUUAAUAAUUCACGAAUAUUCAAACGAGAUCUAGUUGCGCUGCAAGCUCGUGGCAAUUUUCCAUAAGUAAACCAACUCGACGAUUACACAUGCACGUUAUCGUAAAUCAAUUAUUAACGGUAAGACUAAGUAUACUGUACCAUCUUAAGCGGCGUGCGUGUUACAUUGUCAAUAUUUAUAGCGUUAUAUCGCAAUUCUAUGAUCGUCAUUCGUGUUCAUAAAUUCCUAUCCUUUCAAUCUUUGUUAAUAUACUCGAAUUCAGCCCCAUUCAUUUUUCGUCUCUUAAAUAGCGUCAUAUCCUCGAUGAAUUUUCUAUCACGCUAUUUUGUACGAUUUUUGUAACAGACACAAUAUGUUCGCAGUAUAUUCGCCAAGAAUGUCGAUGUGAACAUACGAUGUGACACAACGAUACAGAACUGUUUCUAUAAUCAAGCAAAACAUUUUCCGAUUGUUAAUGCUGUAUUUAUUAUUACUAUUUCGAUCUGCUAUAAUCUUUUAUCACUACUUUUCUCCUCGCGUUCGACGACAUUGAUGACAUUCUGUAGUUAACGAUACUGUACAUAAAAAGAUGAUCAUGUGUGUAUAUACAAUUAUAUGCGUAUCUGUACGUUACUUAGAUUUAAACUAUAGGUCGUAACCGAAUUUAGGAGUCAACGCAGCGAAAGCGAAAACGGAUCUGUUUCGCGUCGAGAUUUAUGAUUAAUAUCAACGAUCAUAAUUGCGAAUUGGUCAAUCCAAAAUUGCCUAAUGUCACCUUAAAGUAUACAUGUACGUUCAUUCUCAAUUUAUGGGGAAACGACGAUAACUUUUGCUUAAU